CGAGGCUGGAGCGGGCAUGGCCGCCGGCGCCGGGCUGGGUCCCGCGCUGCGGGCGGUCACAGAGCGCCUGCAGCAGGCCGUGGCAAGGCGGCCGCAGGGCCUCCCCGCCGUGCAGCCGCGCCUCGUGGCCGUCAGCAAGACCAAGCCGGCGGAGAUGGUGAUCGAGGCCUACAACCACGGCCAGCGCAGCUUCGGGGAGAACUACGUGCAGGAGCUGCUAGAGAAGGCCUCGGACUCCAGGAUUCUGUCCUUGUGUCCAGAGAUUAAAUGGCAUUUUAUAGGGCACCUGCAGAAACAGAACGUCAACAAAUUGAUUGCUGUCCCCAAUCUGUUCAUGCUGGAAACAGUUGACUCGAUGAAACUAGCAGACAGAGUGAACAACUCGUGGCAAAAGAAAGGGUUUGCACACAGGCUAAAAGUCAUGGUGCAAGUUAACACCAGUGGAGAAGACAGUAAGCAUGGCCUUCCACCUGGAGAGACUGUGCCAACUGUGGAGCAUGUCAUCAAGAAGUGCCCAGGCCUGGAAUUCGUGGGUCUGAUGACAAUUGGCAGCAUUGGGCAUGACCUCAACAAGGGACCCAAUCCUGACUUCCAGGUGCUGCUGUCGUUGCGACAGGAAGUGUGUGAGAAGCUAAAUAUCUCCAUUGAAAAAGUUGAGUUGAGCAUGGGAAUGUCCACAGAUUUCCAGCAUGCGAUUGAGGUUGGAUCUACCAAUGUCCGGAUUGGAAGCACGAUUUUUGGGGAGCGAGACUACUCCAAGAAACCAGCCAAGGACUCGGCCCUUGCUGAAGCUAAAAAUAAAAUGGAGACCUUGGCUGUGCAGGAUCAUUAAGUGGAAAGAAACAAUGAUCUUGAGCAGUGGACAGUUCCUGGGACACUUAACUAUGCACUUUGACCUCCCUCUGUGUUGACAGCUUGUCAUGCUGGUGAGAGAUCCCUGGUAAUAGAACAGAGGUUGUAAAGGCCUCCUAAUUGUAACAAUUUAUUGUGUCUUCAGUAGAAACUGGAUUUUUACCAGCAAGUAACCAGAAAAUUUGUGAUUGCAAAGUGACUUUAGUAUCGUAGCUACUUCAGGCUCAUUAACAACACUGACUUCUGAAUAUAUCAGAUAAGCUGCUGAUUCACAGCAGUGAGGUAUAAUCAGCAAGGCACAUCUCCUGCGGAAUUUGUGAUUUUUCUGUUUCUAAUAUCAGGAGUGGUUCACCACACUGACCACUGUGUUUGCUUUCGGCAAGCAUUUAACUUUGUCAGAGGCCUCUCUAAAUAGGUCUUCACCUUGGAUAAGAAGUUACGCAGCUCCGUAGCUGCCACAUAUGUAGAUUGAACCUACUUUGUGGAGACAUCCCUGACUCUAGCCAUAGUGAGUGAGGCUGAGGAGAGUACAUCCCCUCUGAUUAGAGGGGGCGUAAUGAAUGGCUGAGGAUGGUUAAGGAGCACAGGUGCUAGUGUAUGUUAAUAGCACGAUGUUUUUGACACGCAGAUGGAAAGGAUGAGCCUCUUGUCUAGUGGGGAAGAUGACGUUUGUCCUCCCUUGGCUGACAUUUGCUAAUUUUGAUCCUUGGCGACACAUCUCUGUCUUUCAGGAUGCUUUCAAGCCUUUGCUUCUUUCCCCCAGUGCAGUGUUUAUUGUGAGUUACUUGCAAGCUGCCCAGUAAUUCUUGGUUAGAGCAGGGGCCAGAAUUGGACUCCCCACCCUGCCUUCAACUUGCCCUGUGACCCUGGGCAAAUGUUCUAACCACUGGUGCCUCAGUUGUCCCAUCUGUAAAAUGAGGGUAUUGCUGACCUACCUCACAUGGAGGGGACUGUGAGGCUUGCUUGUGAAGUCCUGGAAGCCCUCAGAAGAAAGUGGGUGCAGAGAUUGCAGUCUUUUCCCAUUGUAUCCAGACACUACUACAUGCAACUUUUUUUUUUUUUUUUAUUCUCACUGAUGCCAGCACCUAAUUGUUUUUAAAUUGGCCCUGGGCUCUGCUACUUCUGAAAUGGCGGAGGAGGCAGCUUUCCCUUCAAAGCAGCUGUUUCCUUGAGGCUUGACUACAAAUGGAUGUCCCUCGUUCAGCACACUUGCACUGACAGAGUUUACAGCAGUUCUGUUUUUUAACUCGCAGUCCAACAGUCUACUUCAGGUCCUUGUCUGCAGCUAGGAUGAGGAGACGCCAGUCGCCAGUAUAAAUAUGCUUCUGCUCUCCAGGCUUCUGUCUGCGUGCGCAUGUCUGGUUCAAUCUAGCCAUGGGUUUUGUCUUCUGAAUGUAACUGAAAAAAGCAAGCUCUUUAAACCAACUUAUCAUGCUACCUAGUUUUUAAAAUGAAGCGUGAUCUGAGCCGCUGUAGUCGGAGCUGCGUAGUAUGGUGUUUCAUAGUACAUUAAUAAGUGGUGAAUUUGAAUGCCAUCUGUGCCAACUCCAGAGCUCUAUUAAAGAUGUUAUUUUUA